UUCAUUCCUCUUUCUCUCCCAGCAGCCGCACGCGCCUCCUCUUCUCCGUCGUGCCGCUGCCACGUGUCGAGGCCGCUACAGUCGCCGAGCAACCGCGCGCUCGCCGUGCGGAACGCGCCAAGUGCGCGCUCAUGGCGUCUCGCGCGCAGCAGCUGAGGGGGAUUCUGCGCCGCACAAGGCGGGCGUGCGCCACCGCCACGUCACGGGAUUCGCUGCUCUCUGCCACGUGGCAGCACGCGGCUGCCUCGGAUGGAGCACUGGUAGCUACCACCCGUGCACAUGGUGUGCCGGUCCCUAGCACAGGGGGCAUUGCAGGAGGAGGGGGGGCAGGGGGAGCAGGAGGAGCAGGAGGAGCAGGAGGAGCAGGAGGAGCAGGAGGAGGAGGAGGAGGAGCAGCGGCAUUUCUAGAGCCAGCAGAGGUGGUCGGUUGGCAUAUACGGCCAAAUGCAUCCGCCCAUGGGUGGCUGGGAGCUGUGGAGUCCACGCACCAGCCAUUCCCCCCGGCACAUAUGACCGCCUCCCCCGUGCUGCUCUGUAAACCACAUCCCGCGGGUGCACUGCGCCCGCGGCCCUUGAACCGGUGGCUCCAGACUCGGUGCGCAGCCGCUAUUCACACGCGGGCGCAGCCCCAACAACACACUGCCAAGCUGCUUCUCUGCUUGCCACGUGGCAUGCAGCCGGUACUGCGGCCAGCAGUAGCUGCUGGUGGUGCAGAAGUCCAAGUGCAGCAGCAUCGGUGGUACGCCAGCAGCAGGCAGGGCAUCAGCAGCAAGGACGGCAGCAAGGACGGCAGCAAGGAGAGUGGCAGCAGCAGCGGGGGGCGGCAGGUGGUGCGGGCGGAGGAGGAGGACGUGUUCAGCAGCAUCACGGACAAGAUCCCCGAGCGCCCCGUGUCUGCCGCGGAGGGCGCGUCGUACUCGCUGGUCAUCCUGGCGGCGCUGGCCGUGGCGGCGGGCGCCGCCUACUUUGUGGUCAAGGAGCUGCUGCUGGAGCCCAAGGAGUACAAGGUUUUCAACAAGGCACUUCAGCGCGUUCAAAACGACCCUCAGGUGGUAUCGCGGCUGGGGUCGCCCAUCACGGGGUAUGGGCAGGAGAGCAGGAACCGGGCGGCAAGGCAGCGAAUCAGCCACCGCGUGUGGAAGGAUGAGGAGGGGGUGGAGCGCAUCCAGGUUCAAUUCCACAUCCGAGGUACAGGGGGGACAGGCCUUGUGCAUGCAGAGAUGUUCAAAGACAGUGAUGACGGUGGAGCCUGGAAAUUUACGUACCUUCUUGUUGAUGUAACGAGCCCAUCUCCCGCCCGGCUCAUGUUGGAGUCAUAUGUUCCAACGUAAUGUUGUGAAAACGGUGUGACUUGUAGCCACAUUGCAGGCCAAAAUCCAUUUCUAUUCGCUCUUCAGGACUUAGCAUUGCAAAUUGCCGUUCAGUUGAUGUUUUGUAUUGUUGCAAGUGUGUGGACAAAGUAAUUGUAUCUUCUUACAAGCAUGUGGAA